UCUUUGUGUCAUAUAAAGAUGCAACUUUGUUUUUUUAUUGUGCUUUCUUAAAAUAAAGUAUACGAGAUCUAUGGCUUUAUAAAUUGAGGCUUGGAGUACAGAAGGAAGAAAGUUACGUUGAAAACCUUUAUAAACUAUGGUUAGGCCUAAGUUGGAAUAAUGUGGAGAAGAAACGAGUUGACGUUUCGAGUCCUCCUGACCCUUCAACACAACUGUUGAAGGGUCAUGAGGACUCGAAACCUCAACUCUUUUCUCCGCCGAUGCUGCCAGGCCUGCUGAGUUUUUCCAGGUGUUAACAUAGAAAAUUCUGGUGCAGAAGCAAAGAAUUGGACGAAUUAAGGAAGCUUAGGAUCUUACUGCCAAUAUGACAAAAGUGGGUCAUCAUUGGUUAAACCUACCUCAGGAUAUAAUGUUAGAAAUAUUUAGAUACUUAACGCCUGAAGAGAAGGCAAACAUUCGUGCAACCUGCAAGUACUUGCAACAGUUAGUCGAUCACCCUACAUUAUGGACGAAUAGUACUAUUGUCCUGAAAAGUUUACAAAGCUGUAACUCCCCUUUUUGGAGAACACUAAGAAAGAGGCGAAUAAGAUCUGUGGUGAUUAAAGAGACAGCACAGAAGCAAUGGCAGAGGAUGGUGAAUUUACUUCCCGAUCUGACAGCUGUUACUAUUGAUGUAAAAAAGAACCUGGAAAGUCUACGUGCUUUGAGAUCACUCACAAACUUACAGAAAUUGCAGCUGAGAAAUAAAUUACAAGUGCUGGAUCAAGACCUGCUAAGAGAAGUGGCUGUCUUCAAACAACUGACUCACUUGGUUUUAUGCACUUCAUUGUUUGUCCAGAACAGUUCUUUGUGCCACCUUGCAGAAUUAACAAAAUUGCAAGCAUUGACUCUUCACGCUAGACAGAAAAGUCCUUCUUUGACAUCACUUCAAUAUAUUUUGUUUCGAUUGCCAAAGCUGAGGGAGCUGUCACUGAGUUCUGUGGACAAAUGGGAGAAUUUAUCAUUGUGUUUUACUUCACCAGAAAUGACAAAUUCUAAACUGACAGGAUGCGAUGGUUUUGAACCGCAUUGCAUUCCACUUCUUCAGUUAGAGAAGCUGAGCCUGUUGAAUAUCAUCAAUGGCCCGCUGUCUGAGGCAGCACUCCGGCAGCUGUCAAAUGUCUGUAGCCUUUCUGUGAGCCUCAGCAAGCCACCCAUAUCAAUGAACAGCAAUUUUGUGCACAGCAUGCUGGAGAACUUGCCAAGUAUCAUUGAAUUGGAACUUAGCUGGAAUGGACCUCUUGCUGAGUAUGUGAAGAUCUUACCUUCGGACCUCGCAAGCUUGGAUUUGAUAAAUUCAAGACUCUCUAAUGUGGAUGUGCAGCUUCUAUCUGAUUCUUCAGGAAAAACUCUUAAACAUUUAGGUUUGGUGCUGUGCAGUGGUAUUACUGAAAUAAUGUUAAAGAGAUUGCCAAAACAGUUUCCUUUUCUGCAGAGCCUUGAUCUUAGCGGGUGUAGAUUGUUGAAACCGGAUAUUUUGCUUGGCUUCGUGGAGCUGGCUUUUCUAAAGGAAAUCGUAAUUUCAAACAAUCCCCAUCUAACUGACGCAAUAAUGAAGCAGUUUCGAACUUUAACUGACAACAGGGUGCACGUUGCUCAGAAGAACAAGAGAAAUCACAGCCAAUGUGAUUGCAAUUUUAUUCUCAGUCUGUGAGUUGAUGAUACGAGGUUGGCUGAGAACUGAAGAAAUGUCAUGCACAUGAUCAGGAUUGGAUUGGAUUGACAACCUUAAUGCUAAACCUCUGAUGGGUGGAAACCCAUAAAGACAAUUGAUGCAUUUAUUGAUAUCUACAUGUAUAGUGAUUUUGAGCAGAAAAAUGGCUAUUGUCAUAGUAGUGGAACAAGUUCUGUAUAACUUAAUGUUGUUUCAUAAAUACAACAGUUAACAGA